UCAUCGAACUCCUUAGGAUCAACAUGAAGCUCUUCCUUCUUUCGGUGGUAUGCCUUGUGGGCACGUCUCUUGCCGUCCCGGUCUCAAGAGCGAGGAGAGACAUUCUUCCUGGUGAUCCACGAUAUGGUACCGAUUACCAUCACAACCAUCACCAUCAUCAUGAAGAACAUGCUGAAACUAAGACCAACUCUGGAUAUCAUUAUCAUGCCCCAGCUCCAGCUCCCGCUGCAACUGAAACUCAUCAACUCCCAACUCAAUCAUAUGGAGUUCCUUUCCAACCAAUGAGACAGCAACCAGCUCUUCCUUCAACUUCCUACGGAACCCCAGUUGUUCACCAACAACAAUACCAGGCUCCAGUUGUCCACCAAACUCAAGCUACCGAAUCGACUCAUCACGCUGAACACGUCCAUCAUGUUCAACAAGCACAACCUACUCAGCAAUACGGAGCACCAGCCCAACAAACCGAGGCAGCGCCUGCUCCAGUUCCCCAAGCUACCUUCAGUUCUUUCGAAGUUCCUCAACAAGUUCAACACGUAGAAUUCCAAGCUCACCAACAAGCUCUCUACCAAGCCCCACAACAGGAGGCUCAUGUUGAAUACCAAGCUCCCCAGCAGCAACAUGCCGAACAUCAUGAAGCCCAACACGUUGAACACCACGAAACUCAGCAACACCAUGUUGAACACCAAGAACCCCAGCUCCACCACGUUGAACACCAAGAACCCCAGCACCACCACGUUGAACACCAAGAACCUCAGCACCACCAUGUUGAACACCACGAACCACAACAAUACCACGUUGAACACCAACAUGUCGAAUACCACGCUCCACAACCUCAAGCCACAUACGGUGCUCCUCAACAUCAACAACAGCAAGCAACUUUCCAGGCUCCUCAAGCUACAUACGGUGCCCCUCAACAACAUCAUGCUCAACAACAACAGCAAGCAACUUUCCAGGCUCCUCAAGCCACAUACGGUGCCCCUCAACAACAUCAUGCUCAACAACAACAAGCAACUUUCCAGGCUCCUCAAGCUACAUACGGUGCUCCUCAACAACACCACGCUCAACAACAACAACAACAACAACAAGCUACAUUCCAAGCUCCACAAGCCACAUACGGUGCUCCUCAACAACACCAUGUUCCUCAACAACAAGCAACUUUCCAAGCUCCUCAAGCCACAUACGGUGCUCCUCAACAACACCAUGCUCAGCAACAACAACAAGCAACUUUCCAAGCUCCACAAGCGACAUACGGUGCUCCUCAACAACACCAUGCUCAACAACAACAACAAGCAACUUUCCAAGCUCCACAAGCCACAUACGGUGCUCCCCAACGUCAAGCUCCUCAACAACACCAAGCAACAUUCCACGCUCCUCAAGCCACAUACGGUGCUCCCCAACGUCAAGCUCCUCAACAACACCACCAGGAACAUCACCACGUUGAACAGACCCAUCACGUUGAACAUCACGCCGCACCAGCACCUCAAGUGAUCAGACAAUACUUGGCUUCCCAAGCCUCUCACCAAGUACAACACACCUCAAGACAAUACAUCGCACCCCAGGCUUCUCAACCAGCUCGCCAAGUUGCUCAAGCCACAAGACAAUACUUGGCUCCCCAAGUUCAUGCCGAACACCACCAAGAACCAACCGUCAAGGAAACCAUCCACUUCGAGGCUCCAAUCCAGUCCGUCGAAAUUCCAAUUGCUGAAAUUGAAAGCCAUGAGCCAGCAACCACCAGUGAUUCAGUCAGUAUUGAAGCUAUCGGCAAAUCCAGCAGUCACGAGAGCAGCCAGAACUACUCCCAUGAUGGUGGAUACGUCUACUAGGAACUUUGUUUUUCUAACUAAUUAUUAUUUUUUUUUAAUUGACUAAAAUGGAGACGAAGAGAAACUAAUUAGGAUCUUAAAGUGUACAAGUUUUCAAUACCAAAAUGAAGGAAUGAUGAGUAUGAGUGAUAGUUACAAUUUUUUUUACAAAGACUUCUAGCAAAUAGUAAUUAAUUUACAAUCAAAAUGAUCCUAAUAGAGAUCUGUCUUCAUUUGUUCUUUUUUUUAGAAAAUUUAGUUAUUUUGUGUUUGUCUUUGAUAGCAUGCAAGUUUCUUGUCUUGUCUCGUUUCUUUAAUUAAAGAAGGCGAGCGAGAUUGUUAAGAAAAUGAAACAUGUGAUUUUUUUUACAUAAAUAAAAUAUUUUUUAUGAUAGAA